AUGGGCAUUCUAAGGUCGACCAGAAAAGAGCUGCGAGUGAAACUCGCGCUACCCAUGAUCUGCUCCGGAAACUGCCAGGAUAUAGUGGUGAUCCAGAGAGUGGAGAGGACGGCCAUUAUAGUUGAUGUGACCAUCCUGUUAGAAAAAGGGUUGGACACGUUUAACGCGGCUGGGCAACUGAAGACUGAUGACUACGCAGCUGAAGCCGUCAUCUUCUCUCAGCGGGGCUUCCGUGUCGCCACCGAUGUCUUCGUCUUAAAAGGUCUGGGUUCUUGGGAUCCACAAAACUGCAGCGUUCUCUGGCUUUCCGGAGUCUGGUUGCGUUACCUAAGUCUGCUCAACAAGCUUGUCAUCGGGGUCAUCCUCCAGAUUUCGUCUCUAAACGGAAGCAUCUGCAUUUCUUUCCUCGAACUGGAAAUUUACUGA